AAAUCUUAAAAUUACAACCAUCCCCAAAUUUGGUCUUGGGAGUAACGUUGGCUUUCCUGUUUCAGCGCGGCGGCGUUCCCUCCCGGGUGCUGCUGUGUGCUGCCUAAGGACAGUUACUUUCCUCUGGAGGGUCGGUCAAGGGGAAACGGUGGUGUGUGUGUGUGUGUGUGUGUGUGUGUGUGUGUGUGUGUGUGUGUGAGAGAGAGAGAGAGAGAGAGAGAGAGAGAGAGAGAGAGAGAGAGAGAGAGAGAGACUCGGGCCAUGCACCCCCAUCUGUAGCCUCUGGGUAUGCAAUACCCUGAGCAUUCCCAGCCCUGACAACCGGGCUUGUCCCCCCGCGGCCAAGGUCUGGAGAAGGAGGGAGUCCCCAGUCCCCGCGGGGCAUCCUGUCCCCGGCUUCGGGAUUUUGCACUGUCCAUGCUGAAGCAGGGACAGGCGAAUAGGAGUUGGGCUCUUCCGAGGUGGAUCCCAACCAGCCAGCCACCAGUGGGCAGCGGGGGACGGGCUAGAUCGGCUAGCCCCAUGUGCCCCCUGCCCGGACCCGCCCUGGGACUCCCCGAGCCAGGAGGAGGGGGGCAGGGACACGCGCUCUCCCGGGCUCAGAGCUGUCAUGGAAUUUGACGCUGGAGAGGCAGCUGGUCCCUGGCCAGGACUCCUGAUCCUUCUCAAAUGGAAACAGUUCCUCCCAGUGAACCUGCUGGAAUCCUCAGUGGACUCUCACUCCGGCUUCGCUUCCUGGUGCAUUUAACCAAGGCCGCACUCCCCACUUUGGGGCCAGGAAGGCUCCACCUGGAACAGGGCUCCUGAUUGCAGAACAAGAUUCUUGCUGAGAGAACUAUGAAAGGAUGGACUCCAAAAAAUGGAAAAGUGAAUCUAAGGAAUGGAGUGGGAUAUAAGCAAUAGUGGUGGGGCAGAGGAAGAGGAUCGGAGGAGGAGGAGGAGCAGGCGGCCGGCGGUCGCUGAGCAGCAGCCCCCCAGACCCUCGAGCAAGCAUCCUUUCUAGGAGCCGGAGGAACCCACGGACCUCCGCGCGGGGGUGGCCGGAGGGCCUGUGCGCCGGAGAGCCCGGCGGCCGGCGGCCGGGGGCGCCCGCCCCUCAUGUUCCGCAGGAGGCGCAAAUGUGAUGUCAUGCCCAUUGUUUUGGUGCGCCCAGCCAAUCGGACUCGCCGCCUGGAUUCUACCGGAGCCGGCAUGGGCCCUUCCUCGCACCAGCAGCAGCAGGAGUCCCCGCUCCCGACCAUAACGCAUUGCGCAGGGUGCACCACCGCCUGGUCCCCCUGCAGCUUUAAUAGCCCCGACAUGGAAACCCCACUGCAGUUUCCGCGCGGCUUCUUCCCCGAGCAGCCGCCGCCGCCGCCGCGCGCCGCACACCUGCAUUGCCAGCCGCCGAGCCAGGACAAGCCGUGCCCGCCCUUCGCGCCCCUCCCGCACGCACCCCACCACCCGCACCCCCUUGCGCACCAGCAGCCGGGGAGCGGCGGCAGCAGCCCAUGCCUCCGGUGCAACAGCUGCGCCUCCUCCGGUGCCCCCGGGGCGGGGGCGGGGGCGGGGGAUAACCUGUCCCUGCUGCUCCGCACCUCCUCUCCCGGCGGCGGCGCCUUCCGGACCCGCACCUCCUCGCCGCUGUCGGGCUCAUCGUGCUGCUGCUGCUCGUCGUCGCGCCGGGGCAGCCAGCUCAAUGUGAGCGAGCUGACUCCGUCCAGCCAUGCCAGUGCGCUCCGGCAGCAGCAGCCCGCGCCCGCCUCCCAGUACCACCAGUGCCACAGCCUGCAGCCCGCCGCCAGCCCCACGGGCAGCCUGGGCAGCCUGGGCUCCGGGCCCCCGCUCUCGCACCACCACCACCACCCCCACCACCACCCCCACUUGGCGCACCACCAGCACCACCAGCCCCAGGCGCGCCGCGAGAGCAACCCCUUCACCGAAAUAGCCAUGAGCAGCUGCAGGUACAACGGGGGCGUCAUGCGGCCGCUGAGCAACUUGAGCGCGUCCCGCCGGAACCUGCACGAGAUGGACUCGGAGGCGCAGCCCCUCCAGCCGCCCGCGGCCGUCGGAGGAGGUGGUGGCGGUGGUGGCGGCGCGUCCUCUCCGUCCGCGGUCGCCGCCGCGGCAGCAGCUUCGUCCUCGGCCCCCGAGAUCGUGGUGUCCAAGCCGGAGCACAACAACUCCAACAACCUGGCGCUCUAUGGCACCGGCGGCGGCGGCAGCACGGGCGGCGGCGGCGGCGGCGGCGGCAGCGGGCAUGGCAGCAGCAGCGGCACCAAGUCCAGCAAAAAGAAGAACCAGAACAUCGGCUACAAGCUGGGCCACCGGCGCGCCCUCUUCGAGAAGCGCAAGCGUCUCAGCGACUACGCGCUCAUCUUCGGCAUGUUCGGCAUCGUGGUCAUGGUCAUUGAGACCGAGCUGUCGUGGGGCGCCUACAACAAGGCGUCGCUGUAUUCCUUAGCUCUGAAAUGCCUUAUCAGUCUCUCCACGAUCAUUCUGCUCGGUCUGAUCAUCGUGUACCACGCCAGGGAAAUACAGUUGUUCAUGGUGGACAAUGGAGCAGAUGACUGGAGAAUAGCCAUGACUUAUGAGCGUAUUUUCUUCAUCUGCUUGGAAAUACUGGUGUGUGCUAUUCAUCCCAUACCUGGGAAUUAUACGUUCACAUGGACGGCCCGGCUUGCCUUCUCCUAUACCCCAUCCACAACCACCGCUGAUGUGGAUAUUAUUUUAUCUAUACCAAUGUUCUUAAGACUCUAUCUGAUUGCCAGAGUCAUGCUUUUACAUAGCAAACUUUUCACUGAUGCCUCCUCUAGAAGCAUUGGAGCACUAAAUAAGAUAAACUUCAAUACGCGUUUUGUUAUGAAGACUUUAAUGACUAUAUGCCCAGGAACUGUACUCUUGGUUUUUAGUAUCUCGUUAUGGAUAAUUGCCGCAUGGACUGUCCGAGCUUGUGAAAGGUACCAUGAUCAACAGGAUGUUACUAGCAACUUCCUUGGAGCAAUGUGGUUGAUAUCAAUAACUUUUCUCUCCAUUGGUUAUGGUGACAUGGUACCUAACACAUACUGUGGGAAAGGAGUCUGUUUGCUUACUGGAAUUAUGGGUGCUGGUUGCACAGCCCUGGUGGUAGCUGUAGUGGCAAGGAAGCUAGAACUUACCAAAGCAGAAAAGCACGUGCACAACUUCAUGAUGGAUACUCAGCUGACAAAGAGAGUGAAAAACGCAGCUGCCAAUGUACUCAGGGAAACGUGGCUAAUUUACAAAAAUACAAAGCUAGUAAAAAAGAUAGAUCAUGCAAAAGUAAGAAAACAUCAACGAAAAUUCUUGCAAGCUAUUCAUCAAGCUCGGAAAUUAAGAAGUGUAAAAAUGGAGCAGAGGAAACUGAAUGACCAAGCAAAUACCUUGGUCGACCUGGCAAAGACCCAGAAUAUCAUGUAUGACAUGAUUUCGGACUUAAAUGAAAGGAGUGAAGACUUUGAGAAGAGGAUUGUUACCCUGGAAACAAAGUUAGAGACUUUAAUUGGGAGCAUCCACGCCCUUCCUGGGCUCAUCAGCCAGACCAUCAGACAGCAGCAGAGAGACUUCAUUGAGGCUCAGAUGGAGAACUACGACAAGCACGUCGCCUACAACGCCGAGCGGUCCGGGUCCUCGUCCAGGAGGCGGCGGUCCUCCUCCACAGCGCCACCAACUUCAUCAGAGAGUAGCUAGAAGAGAAUCAGUUAACCACAAACUAAGACUUUUUGCCAUCAUAUGGUCAAUAUUUUAGCUUUUAUUGUAAAGCCCCUAUGGUUCUAAUCAGUGUUAUCCGGGUUCUGAUGUCAGAAUCCUGGGAACCUGAACACUAAGUUUUAGGCCAAAAUGAGUGAAAACUCUUUUUUUUUUUUUUUUUUCUUUCAGAUGCACAGGGAAUGCACCUAUUAUUGCAAUAUAGAUUGUUCCUCCUGUAAUUUCACUAACUUUUUAUUCAUGCACUUCAAAUAAACUUUACUACUACAUUAUAUGAUAUAUAAUAAAAAAAAAGUUAAUUUCUGCA